AUGGGUAAUAAAGCAACCAAAUUGUCCUUACCUGAAAAUAUUUCCUUAAAUAAUGUAACGGCAAUCGUAACUGGUGCAAACCGCGGUAUCGGCUAUGGGAUUACUCUAGCUUUGGCUCGAAUGGGUGCUACAGUAAUUUUAGCAUGUCGGUCUCAAGAAAGUGCUAAAGAGAGUAGGCGUAGCAUACGAGAAUAUUGUAUAUUAUGCGAGGAAGAAUUUCAGGAACUGAAAUUACAGUUUAUGCCCUUGGAUUUGAGCUCGUUAAGAUCUAUUUAUAAAUUUAUUGAAGACGUCAAGUCUUUAGACAAGCCAAUUCAGCUAUUAAUAUGCAAUGCUGGUAUUGGUAAUGCUUCUCAAGGUUAUACAGAAGAUGGGUAUGAAAGACAUUUUCAGAUCAAUUAUUUAGGCCACUGCUUAAUAGCACUUGAGUUACUUCCAAUAAUGAAUAAGAGUGGUGAAGAUAUUCGAAUAGUUCAAGUAUCAUCGCUCGCUCAUUCAAUGGGAAAAUUAGAUUUUAAUAAUGUUCAGGGCAAUAAAUCCUACUCACGAAUACAAAUGUAUAGUAAUUCUAAGCUCUUUCAAAUUAUGUUCAUGUUUUCAUUACAACAAAAAAUAACAGGAAGUAACAUUGGGAUAUUAUCUGUUCAUCCAGGCGUAGUUGCAACAGAAAUUAAUCGCAACUUUCAAGAUUCAUUCCUCUGGCGAAAUUUUGACAAUGUGUUAAAAGGAAUUGGUAUGAUGAAGGAUUGUAAAGACGGUGCAAGUUCCGCUAUUAUAGCAGCCGUUUCUCCAGCUUUUAAAGGGUGCAGUGGCAUUUAUAUCUCAGAUCGUAAAUGUGUUGCAACAUCGAAGCUAUCUAGAAACACAGGACAACAGCAAAAAUUAUGGGACUAUACUAUCGGAUUACUUAAAGAGUACUUAAGCGAGGAAAGCUUAAAAUUUGUUGAAGAAAAUUAA